UGACAGUUCUGAAAAUUGUCAACAAGCAGGCUGAAAUGAAUCGGAUUAACCCGGAAAAAAAAGAAUCGCAAGAGCCAUGUCGGUGUGCAUUCCUAUGAAUUCGCCUUGAAAUGCAACUGACAACGAAGUUUGCAUUUGGAAAAUCGUUUAAAUAACUGAAAUAAAAUAAAUUGCUCAUAAAUCUUUGCGAUUCCCGCAGUCGAGAUGCUGCUAGCUGGCUAGUUUACCCCGUCGAGCUGCGCGCCACUCCUGGGCUGAAGAAAAGCUGGCGAGCUAACUUUGCUUAAUGGUAGCUAGCUAGCUUCUAUUGCUAAUAUAGCACUACUGUACUGGUUUCUAGAUUAGCUAAAUGUGCCGCGAAUCUGUUUACCUAUUUUGAAUGGUGGCAAAUGUAGAAGUUGAAACGUGUUUUGUUCGAGUUGAAAAGUAUAGCCUAGCUGAGGUUGCUUGAAUGAUGAUGAUGAUGGCGAGGCAGAGCUAGCUAGUUUGCAAUCCUACAACGUUACUGCGCCAUCCCACUUGAUACUGCUCCUGGAUGAUGGUUCUAAGAGGAAUGAUUGAUCUUUUCAUGUUUUUGGAAUGAUCUCUAGUAGAGUUUCACCCGAAUACAGUAGGACCAUUGUAGCACCUAUCUUCAACCACAUUAUCCUUUGGCUUUGGGCCUGGGUUGCAGUCAGGUCUUAUCUACCACUGUGGCCCCUGCAAAAUGACCUGACUCAAUCUUCAUCACAGUCAUAAAACAACAAUGGCAAGAAUAGCUUGGUAUCAAGAGAAGAUUGGUGCAUAUGAUCAGCAGGUCUGGGAGAAAUCUCUGGAGCAAGCAGAAUUUAAUGGUAUUGACAGUAAACCAAAGAGGUCUGGCCACAUCAAGACAGACCUCAUUGAUGUUGACUUAGUAAGAGGAUCCACAUUCAGCAAGGCAAAGCCAGAUAGUCCAUGGACAGCAUUGACUCGUAAGGGUCUGGUCAGGGUGCUCCUCUUCCCCUUCUUUUUCCAAUGGUGGAUCCAGGUGACCUCCAGGUCCAUCUCCACCUGUAUCCUGGUGCUCUACUUGAUGCAAGUGGCAGCAUCAGUGUUGUACAUGGAAGUUCCUGCAGCCAGUGCUAGUGAGCUAUUUGGGCCCAUGUGUCUGAUGUUGUUGCUGGGGACAGUGCACUGCCAGAUAGUGUCCACUGAGUCCAACCGGAGCCCCUCAGACAGCCCUGUGAGCAGCACCAGCCCUGCACGAAGGAGGAGGCCAAGGAAGUGUAGAGGAUUGAAGAGAACAGAAGGACAGGGGACCGAUGGGGACACUGAGCUGCAGCCUUGGCAGCUGGAGGAAAACCAGAGGUUGUACAGAUCAGAGGAGAGAAGGAACAACCAGAGAAAGUCAGGCUUUGGGGCCUCUGACGAACUUUCAAGUGAGGAGGAUGGGAAAGAAAAACUACCUACUGGUGUAGCUGGAACUAUACCUGCCUCUGUUCUCAGGAAGAGACGCCUUCACUCCUUCUCUAACCCCUCACCACCUCAGGAGGAAAGUAGUGGAGGUGCCAUGGACACUAAGGUGAAACCUCAUGAAGUGGAGCGCCUUAGGACCGAACUGGAGCGCCCGGCUUCUGACACAGAUGACACAAUAUGGGAGGAGCUUCUUCAGGGGCCUGACACCGUCUCCACUGGCAGUAGUGACAGUGAGGGGGACGGGCGAUACGGCCCUGGCCUGACCCUCCCCCCGUUCACCACUCUCAGCAGUGAUGAUGAGACCCUGCUGCAGGGCCAUCUAUCGUGGCUGCAGGCGUGCCACCCAUCCAGAGACCGGGUCAGUGUCAUCAUCUGGGAGCAGGGGGAGUGCAAGAAAGCAGAUAUGUCAGUACUGGAGAUCAGUGGGAUCAUCCUCACACGGGUGAAGGUGGUGGAGCAAGGCAUGGGUUACCUAGCCCUGGGGGGGUUGUUCACUGCCACACUGGCACUGCUUCCUUUUGUCUUCCGCCUGGCACAACAGCUGGACAUGAAGCGCCUGAGCUCCCUGUCCCUGGUAGAGCUGGCUGUCAUGGUGGUGGGGCCGCCCAACACCCAGAUCUACGCCUUCUUCUUCAUCACCACCGUGGAGAGGCUUUGCCUCACCGGACUCUUCUUCUUCAUGAUGUGUGUGGCAGAGAGGACCUACAAACAGCGGCUUGUUUUCGCCAAACUCUUCAACCACAUCACCUCAGCACGAAAGGCUAAGAAGUGGGAAAUCCCCCAUUUCAGGCUGAAGAAUGUGCAGAACAUAAAGAUGUGGCUGUCGCUCCGCUCCUUCCUCAAGAGACGUGGGCCCCAGCGUUCCGUUGAUGUCAUCGUCUCCUCCAUCUUCCUCCUGGCCCUCUCCAUCGCCUUCAUCUUGUGUACACAGCUCCUGAACAGUCACCACACCUUCCUGGACUCUGAGACCAACUGGGAGCUCAUGGUGUGGGGUUCCUCUCUCAUCCUCUUCCUGCUCCGCCUGGCCACCUUGGGCUCCGAGACCAACUGUAAAUACAGCAACGUGUCAGUGCUGCUGACGGAACAGAUCAACUUGUAUCUUAAGAUGGAAAAGAAGCCCAACAAGAAAGAAAUGUUGAACAUAGUGAACAAUGUUCUGAAGCUUGCAACAAAAUUAAUGAAAGAGCUUGACACCCCCUUCCGACUGCUGGGUCUGACUGUGAACCCUCUUAUCUACAACAUCACACGUGUGGUCAUCCUGUCUGCAGUCUCCGCUGUGGUCAGCGAUCUGCUCGGCUUCAACAUCAGACUGUGGAAGAUCAAGCCUUAAUGCUAAACCACUAACUGUUGGACAAUGGAGACUGCCAACUCCUACCAUCCACAGCUUGCUAUCUGUGCAAAGUGUGCAAUUCUACUGAGUGAUCGCCUAUGCAUCUCAGUGCCUUCCCUCCCAGGAACAUUGAACUUUUAAUCACCAUUGUGGUCAUACACAAGCAUGAACUCUUGACAAUGAAUGAUAUACACAUCCUUGACUACUACAUCUGCUGCAGCAGCUCCAGUAACCCAGUGCCUGAAUCUGGAAUGUCCCUGAACCUGACCACUUCCUGGCUCUCACAUGGAGAAACAGUAGCCAAUGGGUGUCUUCUGAACACUGAGAAAUUUGCUGGACAUUUGAAUGUAAACCAUUUUAAGACAUGGAGAAACUAUGGAAUAGGAAACGAAAUUCUUAUAAAAGAAUUAGACAUUCCAGUGUGGUUUGAUAUGUACAUGGAACAAAAAUAUAAACGCAACAUGCAACAAUUUCAAAGAUAUUACUGAGUUACAGUUCAUAUAAGGAAAUCAGUCAAUUGAAAUAAAUUCAUUAGGCCCUAAUCUAUGGAUUUCACAUGACUGGGAAUAGAGAUAUGCAUCUGUUAGUCACAGUUACCUUAAAAAAAGGUUGGGGCGUGGAUCAGAAAACCAGUCACUAUCAGGUGUGACCACCAUUUGCCUCAUGCAGCGCGACACAUCUCCUUCGCAUAAGAGUUGAUCAGGCUGUUGAUUGUGGCCUGUGGAAUGUUGUCCCACUCCUCUUCAAUGUCUGUGCGAAGUUGCUAGAUAUUGGCAGGAACUGGAACAUUCUGUCGUACAUGUCGAUCCAGAGCAUCCCAAACUUGCUCAAUGGGUGAAAUGUCUGGUGAGUAUGCAGGCCAUGGAAGAACUGGGACAUUUUUAGCUUCCAGGAAUUGUGCACAGAUCCUUGCGGCAUGGGCCAUGCAUUAUAACUCUGAAACACGAGGUGAUGGCAGUGGAUGAAUGGCACGACAAUGGGCCUCAGGAUCUCAUCAUGGUAUCUCUGUGCAUUCAUAUUGCCAUUGAUAAUGUGCAAUUGUGUUCGUUGUCCAUAGCUUAUACCUGCCCAUACCAUAACCCCACCGCCACCAUGGAUUUCACAUGGAUUUCUCUCUUUUCACAACGUUGACAUCAGCAAGCAACUCACCCACACAAUGGCAUACACGCUGUCUGCCAUCUGCCCGGUACAGUUUAAACCGGGAUUCAUCUGUGAAGAGUACACUUUCCCAGUGUGCCAGUGGCCAUCGAAAGUGAGCAUUUGCCCACUGAAGUUGGUUACGGCGCCAAACUGCAAUCAGGUCAAGACCCUGGUGAGGACGACGAGUUGUAGAACUGAUUGCAUUCAACUAAAAUGUCUUCCGCAUUUAACCCAACCCCUCUGAAUCAGCGCUUCCGUGAUACGGUUUCUGACAGUUUGUGCAGAAAUUCUUUGGUUGUGCAAACCCACAGUUUCAUCAGCUGUCCGGGUGACUAGUGUCAGACGAUCCCGCAGGUGAAGAAACUGGAUGUGGAGGUCCUGGGCUGGUGUGGUAACACAUGGUUUACAGUUGGGAGGCCGGUUGGAUGUACUACCAAAUUCUCUAAAACGGAGGCUUCUUAUGGUAGAGGAAUGAACAUUAAAUUCUCUGGCACCAGCUCUGGUGGACUUUCCUGCAGUCAGCAUGACAUUUCCUGGUCUUUAUAUUGUCCCCAGCACAGGGUGUGUAAUGAUCAUGCUGUUUAAUCAGCUUCUUGAUAUGCCACACGUGUCAGGUGGAUGGAUUGUCUAGGUAAAGGAAAAAUACUUACUAACAGGGAUGUAAACAAAUUUGUGCUAAAAAUUUGAGAGAAAUAAGCUUUUUGUGUUUUUAAAAUUUCACAUCAUGAAACAUGGGACCAACACUUUUGCGUGUUGCGUUUAUAUUUUUGUUUAGCAUACAUGUACUCUCUCAAACACAGCUGUUAGAUUAUAUAGAAUACUUUUUCAAUGAAAAAUGUAUAGAUUUUCAAAAUGGAUUACUGAACUAACUUAAUUACGUAUUUUCUUUUCAAUAGGAUAUAUUAAACUCUACUCUAAAUGUAUUUUGUGAUAUUUAAGGGAUUUUAAUAUAGAUUUUAUGGGGGCUUUAUUUAUUUAUGGGUUUUCAGUGUUUCAUUACUGACAUACAGUGCAUUCAAAAAGUAUUCACAGUCUUUGACUUUUUCCACAUGUUGUUGUGUAACAGCCUGAAUUUAAAAUGGUUUAAAUUCAGAUAUUGUCACACUGGCCUACACACAAUACCCCAUACUGUCAAAGUGUAAUUAUGUUUGUAAACAUUUUUACAAAUUAACAAAAAAAAUAAACACUGGACUGUCUUGAGUACAUAA